AAUUGGUCAGUCGCAGUUGAUGACGCUAAAAACAUGCGCCGGUAACCUUGUGCUACUGGAGUUCUGCUGGUGCUGUCAAAUCAGCUGUGGAAAAGGUGUUAAAAACCUUCUUUUGAUGGUAUAUGUUGCUGUCAGCAUUUAUCGGCAGUCAUGAGCAAAUAUAUUUUACCAGUUUCUGUUUUUGGAACAGUGUUUGGAGCUGCUGUUUUACUGAAAAACCAUGUGACUGGAGGCCGUUGUCCCAGUAAGGCUACCAUUAAUGGGAAGACUGUGGUUAUAACAGGAGCCAACACAGGCAUCGGGAAAUGGACCGCCCAAGAACUGGCUAAGAGAGGGGGUCGUGUCAUUAUGGGAUGUCGGGACAUGGAGAAGUGCGAGGCAGCCGCGAAGGAAAUAAGAGGGAAGACCCUGAAUCCUCACGUUUACGCGUGUCACCUCGACCUGGCCUCCGUGAAGUCCAUUCGGGAGUUUGCGGAGAGAAUCAAACAAGAAGAGCAGCGUGUGGAUGUACUCAUAAACAAUGCCGGAGUCAUGAGAUGUCCAGCAGGGAAGACAGAGGAUGGCUUCGACAUGCAGUUUGGAGUUAACCACUUAGGCCACUUUUUGUUGACAAAUCUUCUACUGGAUAAGUUGAAAGAGUCCGCCCCCAGCAGAGUGAUCAACCUGGCCUCUCUCGCCCACAUCGUUGGAAAGAUCGACUUCGAGGACCUGAACUGGGAGAAGAAGAAGUUUGAUACCAAGCAGGCGUACUGUCAGAGCAAGCUUGCCAACGUUCUGUUCACCAGAGAGCUCGCCAAGCGAUUACAAGGCACAGGAGUCACGGUGAACGCUACGCACCCCGGCGUUGUUGCCACGGAGCUCGGGAGGCACACGGGUCUGCACCAAUCACAGUUCUCCAGCUCUGUGCUCAGUCCAUUUUUCUCCCUGCUGGUGAAGAGCCCAGAGCUGGGGGCCCAGCCCAGCGUCUACCUGGCAGUGUCCGAGGAGAUGGAGGGGGUGACGGGACAGUACUACGAUGUGAUGACGGAAAAGGAGCCGGCUCCCCAGGCCCUGGACGAGGAGGCAGCUCGCAAGCUGUGGGAGGUCAGCAGCAGGCUGGUGGGUCUGGAGGAGGAAGGACAAUCCGGCAAGUCCAAUCCACCGACAGAAGUCCACAGCAAAGCUGCACAGACUGUCCCAGCGCAGAGACACGGACAGAGUCCCGAACCGGCUGUCAGUGCUAUGGGGCUGUAGGCGGGCUCUGGCAUCUGGGCCAGCAGGGCAUAAUGGACCUUUAUGGCUUGAGCUGUGCCAGGCUCACUGGAACAAUUAACUGUCUCAGUCUGAGUCUGGUUGUCUGUAUAAAGGCAGUCUUUUGUACAUGUCUUUAUGUUCCUGCAUCAGGAUAUUUUCUUUAAAACAUGUUUAAUGAGCAGCAUUUGACUCUUUUUUUUUGUUUUUUAAAAAGUAAGACUAUGUAACACUAGCACUUUUGUUCCCUUACAAAUGACAAGUUGAGUUUAUAAACCAACUCACUCUCACUCACUUCAAUACACUCAGGGGUUUUGCUGCUACAGCCACACUUGGUCUGGUAGGACUAGUAGCUUAACGUGGUUUUGUUGACUAUCUCUACUUGUGCUACUGUUACACAAGGUUAACCAGUAAAAAAAGUUACAAUGUCUCACUUUAAGUUUUUUGUAUUAAAUCAAACAGAUUGGGGGAAAAAAUGAUAUGAACCGCAAAAAUACAGUGCUCGCAAAGACAAAAAAAUAUUGAGAUAUAUACAGUAGGUGGGAUUACCAAUGGAGGGGGCUUGGAGAAACAUCUCGUCUGAAAAUAAAACAGGAAGGCCAGCAGGAUGAUCCAAAAAAUCUCCAUCAUAAAACAUGAAUAUUUGAAUUUUUUUAAAUCUGAAAAUUUGAAUCUCGCCAGCCUUUGUUGUUUUUAUGCCUGUUGGAACAUUUCACCCCUAAAAUCCCAUCACACAUAAAGACAGUCAGACAGUAUUUCACACAUGCUUCACGCACGCUUCAUGCUUUAUUUCACACAGACACUAGGAGGA